CCCGCGAAAGCCUUGCCGGGUAAACGCGACCCAAGGUUGCAAAGGUCGUAAAUAAACGGUGGCGGUAGCAGUGUUAAGAGUAACUUUUCGAACCAUUACUCAGUGUCAUUAACUGUCCUAAAAAUCACCAAAAGAUUAACUUUAUCACCACCAAUUUAAGGUUUAUAAUAGAUUAGGUAUUUCUAGAUAUUUUUUUUUAGAUUCAUUUGUUUAAUUGGGAUCUUCAAGAUGUAUGGAUGGCUACUGGAGAGCGUCCAGCAUUUCAUUGUGGAAGAAUGUGGGGAGGAAAUAUGGGAAACCAUACUCCGAGAGUCUGGAGCCAGGAAUACUGCCUUCAGUGCUAUGCAGCAAUAUCCAGAUGCAUUGAUGCUGCGUCUUGCAAGUGCUCUCGCUCGAUUGAUAUCCAGAGAUGCGAACAGUCCUGCUCCCUCGAGACCAAGCAGUCCAGCUCCCAGAAAACAGUCAAUAAAAGCAAAGCCAAGCUGGCGAAGCGCUUCAGUCCACACCGACAAUAGAUCGCAGAGUUACAAAUGUCCAUUCACAGCAACAAAUGCCUUAAAAAAUGUCACCAAAAAAGAAAUAGAGGCUUACAAAUCGUCAGAAGAAAUAAGAUCACCCGUGGCCGCGUCUACGGGCAAAAUCAAUGAAGUUAGAAUCAAUGAAGAAGCUGAGAUUGUCGCCAGAGAGUUCCAUAGAAGAAGUUUGGGUAUCAAAUUCGAAAAUCACAAAGUGAAGGAGACAGUUGAAGAGCCCAUACCAGAAACAAGCCAGACAGAAAUACCUGAUUCAAAUGAAAACGACGAACCUGAAGCGUCUACUGUUGACACAUCAACCAACCAAAUUGAGAUGCCAGUUUCUGAACCAGCUUCGCCAGAAAAUGAAACUGCUAAAAGGAACUCUAUUCUCAAGUCCUCAGCUCGUAAAACUAGUUGCACUGUUGCUCUAGAUGUGUACAAACGUCGUGGGUCCAUGAUUCCCCCGCGACCUCGUUUGAACAGCCUUAGUGUUGUUAGCGAAGAUAAACUGAACAACAUGAGAGAAAAAUUCGGGACUCCUGAGAAGGUGAUGCACUUUUUUGGAAGGUGUUUUGUCAAGUUCUUCAGUAACUAUGGUUACGACAAAAUGAUACGUGCGACCGGACGCUACUUCUGCACGUUUCUGCAAUCAGUGGACAACAUUCACCAGCGCAUGCGCUUCACAUUCCCGCGCAUGCGCUCUCCCAGCAUGCAGCUGACUCGUGCGCACAGGCACGGCGCCGAGCUAGUGUACAGCAGUGGAAGGACUGGGUUUACACAUUAUCUUAUGGGUCAACUAUACGAAAUAGCUGAAGAUCUAUUUUCUCUGAAGCUUAAGGUUUCCGUGGUAAAGGAAAGCAUGGAGGGCAACUACUACGUGGCGGUGUUGAGGCUGGAGUUCGAUAAUAGUGAUUAUGUCCAGUCUCUAAUGUUACGUAAGUCCCUGCCCUGCCCUCUACCGGCAGUACCGGCCACCUUGCUCCUGCAGCUGUUUCCCUUUGGAGUGCUGCUCGACAGGCGAAUGAAGAUCCUAAAGGCUGGAGAGAGAUUGGUAGCUGCCUGGGGUGGACCACUCAGUCGCCUAGAGAAGUCAGCAAUCUCCGAAAUAUUACGUCUGAGGAAACCUAAAGUACCGUUUACAUGGGACAAGGUGGUAUGCAUGCAGACAAUGAUCUUCGACCUAGAGCUGCUUCGCUACCGCUCUCGAAACUGUGCUGAAGUAAGAAGAGGCUCACAGGGAGCUCGCUCCAUUCUGCUACGAGGCCCCAUCUAUCUGCUAGAAGAAAUAGAUGCCCUUAUAUUCCUGUGUAGUCCGCUCUUCAACGAUCUCGAUGAACUGCAUCAAGCUGGCAUUUUCUUAGCAGACAUGAACGGCCACGGCCUUUCCAAAGAAAUGCUUCUGCAAGGAUGGCAGCACGUCUCCCGGCUUGAACUACUGUUUGAAAAAGCAGAAAAUAGAAGUUUAUCUUUAGAGAAGUCUUGUAGGCUUCUGGACCAGUGGAAGAAGAGGGGAGAUCAAUUAUUGUACUCUAUGAUACCGAAAGGAAUUGCUGAUCAUCUACGAGCUGGGAAAGAUCCUAUGGCUGCUUGUCAGGCAUUUGAAAACGUGACCAUUAUAUUCUGCGCUGUGCAACUGGCAGAGGCGGGUACCAGAGCUGACGUGAUGCAAACUGUCGCAUACAUGAACGAUGUAUACUCCAGGAUCGACAGGUUGUUGGAUACACAUCGCGUCUACAAGGUGGAGACAGUAGGCACUGUUUAUAUGCUGGUCUCCGGAGCUCCAGAAAGGAGACGUGCGCACGCGGCUGCCGCUGCCAGCGCUGCCCUCGCCAUUUCAAGAGCUAUACCUGCACUCACCAUUGGAAUCCACACGGGACCAGUCGUUGCUGGCGUGCUAGGACUACGCUUACCACGGUACUGUCUUGUAGGAGACACCGUCAACACUGCCAGCAGGAUGCAAACUUCUUCAGAACCCGGUCGCGUCCAAAUAUCAGCAAUCGCAGCAGCUCAGCUACCCGCAGGAAGGUUCAGGCUCCGUCGAAGAGGUCUCAUCAAAGUGAAGGGCAAAGGUACAAUGGAAACUUUCUGGUUGGAAGGUGAAGUGGAGGAAGAGGAACAAAAUGAAGCACUGCAGCUAUUCUCAGCAUUGUGUGGCGAUAAUUAAGCAUUACAAAACAAUGGAGGAUGUUCCCGUAGAUUAAUUUAUUUUUGACAUUACUUAACAUAUGUACCUACCUACUUUUUUGAAGUAUAUCAGUGUGUACUUAAAUACUUCGAAAGAUUUUUUUUCUUCUGAGGAGCUUAAGCUUAUAUACCGAAUAAUGCUCUGAAGUCUAUGAGAUUAUGAGAUAAGAUUAUUAUUAAUUGAGUAUUGCAGUACCGUAAAACGAGUUGAAUAGAAUUUGUUUCGUAAAACGAGUUGAAUUCGCCAACUAGAUGUUGGCGAAAAUUCGCCAACAUCUAGUUGGCGAAUUUUCCUAGUUUCUAUUCACCUCUCUUCUGUUUCUAUUCGCCCCCACUUUACCGCAAGUCAAAACAGCUAUAUAUAUUUGUUUAAUAAAAUUAAAAAAAUAAAUUUUAAUCACCAAUAGAUUUUGAUGAUAUAAUGAUUAUAACAAAAUCUCUUUUUUUCCUUAUUAAAAACGCGUUUCUUAUUUUCUUAAACAAACUAGUUGCUAGGUAAUCAGUAAACAUAAUAAUCUGAAUGACUGCAGUAAAUUAAUUUAUCGAUUAGCACUUAUCGAUUAUGAUGUCUUAUUACUACAUCACUGUUUAUCGAUAUCAUAUGAUUCGAACGAUCGAUUAAUUGCUUUGAUUACAUAUUAUUAAAAUUUAUUUUAAUGAUUUUCGUCAUUAAUGGACGUGCUAGUGUUGAUAAGUAAAAUAUUAUAUGUAGUACCAAAGAACAUGUUUUUCAUAGAAUCCAGAUAAUAGCUUCAUAUGUAUAAGGAAUUUGAGUUGAAAUCAAAAUACAUAUUUGCUAAUAUAGUAAUAAUUUAAUAUCAACAGACGAAUUAAAUUCGUUUUAAUUUUUUGUUGCUUUUUUAUAAUUUGUUUCAAUUAGGUACAAUAUAGUGUUGUAAUACUAGGCUACAUAAUAUCAAUCUCUGGUUUACAUGGAAAUUAGAUAUUACCUUUUGUAAUUGAACUGACGAGACCGUCAACCUUCUUUGUUGCAAAAGAAAACAUCUUCUCUUCAAGUAAACUAGAGCUAUCCUUACCAAUAAUAGUAGAUACAAUAAUUAUUUAAAUUCAUUUACAAUCACAAUAAAAAAAUAAAGUAGAAGAAAAAAAAAAUACAUUUUCUGAAAGUUUUCCAAUUCUAGUUUUAUCGUGCAUUAUUAAUUGUAUUUAUAGACAAGUAAUAAAAAAAUGUGUUGAUUACACUUAAAAUAAGAAAUAUAAAUUUGUUUUCCCCUAUUUUUAUAAAGUAUGAAAAUAUUGAUUGUAGAAUGGAAUUUUAUGUAACAUCAAUUACAUUUUAAAAGAUUAUUAUCAAUAAAUGUUUACUUAUAAAGUGCAGUUUAUUUUAACGUAAGUUUUAUUACAUUAUUUAUACCCAAAAAUUCGACUACGUAAUAUUAUUACCCGCAUAUAGCGGACAAUUUUACUAUGUAGCUUUAAUUUUUACCAAGGUGUAUUUGUUACUUUUAUAUUGACACGCCUAACCUGCAUCUCACUCGCACAUUAUUUAAAAGAACGAGAAAGGAAUAGACAGUCGCUUCUUGCAAUCCAUGUCAGAAAACGUUUAAGAGAGAAUACUGUUAAUAUUGAGCUGAAUAUUUUCCUAAUUAUUAACAAAAUGAUUAUAGUACAAACACACAGUUGGCACUAAGGUACGUUAUUGGGACGGUAAGAUGUUUUAACACUCCCUCAUCUAGAUUUAAGACUACAUUUACAAAAACAAAGAGGGUAAAUUCUCCAAUUAAAAUAGUGUUUAUAAAGUGGAGAUAUAUGUUCUGAUAAACUAUUAGCUUCGGCAAUUAUCGCCAAACUUCGUAGAACAUGAACAACGUAGAACAAUUUAAAUUUUAACGGUUUUCUCUAAUUAGAAUACGUAAGUCACGAUUAUUGCCAGCGCGCAAAAUUCAUAACAUUUUAUUCUUUACAAGUAAAAAAUCUUAUUGAUUUAAAGUGAAUAUUAAUUAGAAAGUGCUUUUUCAUAACAUUAUCAACUAUUGAGGUAUCGCAUGCUUAGCUUUAACUAUUUUUAAUUUAACUUUCUACUUAUGUUGUCGAGAAAUAUCAAAACCGAUGUUGGACUGGUAGAUGUUUUUAUUUUUAAAGUCGUGAAUGAAAUAUUAAUUUGUAACUGACAAAAUCAAGAUUCAGUGCUGAACAUUUCUCUUUUACCGGUACCUUUUCAUUACUUGAUAGGAUCUUGUGAAUAAUAAACUUAGUUAUAAAAAUCACCGGGACGAAUUGUGCCCUGACGACAUCACGGAAACAUCAUAGUUGCCAGUCGACAACAUACUGUUAACUAUAUAAUAGAAAGUGUAAAUACAUAUUUAUACAGUAUACAAUUCACUAACAAGUUAUUAUUAAUAAUAUCAUAUGGAAAAUACGGUUUACUGACGCUUACGGUACGUGAUAAACAUUAUAAAUGUAGUGGCUUACAAUAAUAUAAUUGAAUAGGGACAACAGCGUUGGGUUUUUUUGUCAUAAAAAUACGUGUGUAAUUACAAUUGCUUCAAACUCUCUAUAAGAGAGUGGCUAGCCCUCAUUCCAGCGCUGCUAUACCCAAUACAUCUAUUUCCUUAUGUGAUCCUGGCCUAAACGUUCUAUUCAUAUAACAUACUCUGUGGUCUACACCCUCUAAUGUCACUGUCAAAUAAAAGUUAAGGCACUAGAAUAGACAAUCGAAAAAUAAAAAAUAGAAAAGCACCAAAUAAAUGUUAAAAAAAAUCUAAAAGUGCGUUGUCCAAAUUCGGUGUUACCAGCACCAUGUAAACUUAAUAAUACCUAAAUAACAAUAAAAACCUAUAUACACAAAAACUUGGUCCUCAAACCUUUGGAAAUACAACAAUAACAUACAAACAAAGUAAUAACACAUUCAUCAAUAAAUCAACGAUAAAAUGUUGUUCGUAAUAUCAACACAAUUUACGAUUUUUGCGUACAAUCGCUACUAAGUGAAUAUUUAUGAACCUUUUUACACACUUCAUUACAACAUAUAUAAAUAUCAUGAUUUCUAAAUAGGGCUCCAUAAUAUUUAAAUUAUAAAUGGAAUUAUUAUAUUAAUCGUCUUCUAAAAUACUUGUAGUUUAGUUAGAUUAAUCGUUAAUAAGUACUUUAUUCAAAGGUAUAUCAAGUACGAAGAAUCUUUAAACGACUCCAUUUAGUAUAAGUUUGGUGUUCAGUCUUUCCAUUUUUAUAUAAAUCUGGUAGAAAGGACAUAGAUAACUCUUGUGCAUCUAUAUUAUUCAAGUAAAUCGAAUUUCAUGCAGUUCUAUCACAUUAAUGCUGUGUAAAGUAUUGCAGGUCGCAAUAAUAUGCUUACUUCUAAGGAAUGUCGCUUAAGUCUAGUCUCUAUUACUUUUUAAAGAGAGCCGUCACUUCUUCGAUCGUCCUAUUUUUCGUCUCUGGCAACUGCAGAUACGUAAAGAUGAAGAAUAGAAUUAGGAGGACAGUGUAGGGCAAGAACACGUAGUUACCGAACGCAUCAGACAUCGGAAUGAAGGUUAACCCUACGAUGAAGUUAGCAAACCAGUUGACGAGAGCCCCGACACUGACCGCCGCACUGCGGGCGCCCUGUCCGAACAACUCUGACAGCAACAUCCACGGUAUCGAGCUAGGACCCACACCGAAGAACGCAACGUACAGGAACGUAAAUAUAACGGCAAAUAUACUCAUCGUAGUGUUAUCGUUAUACGUGAAGAAAGCUAUAGUCAUGAGCACAGAGAACAGUGCCAUACCUGCAAGACCGACCAGCUGUAGCGUUCGUCUUCCUAGACGAUCCAUAAGAGGAAUCGACACGAGAGCCAUUAUAAACAACAUGCUGCCAACGCCUAUAGAGGACAACCGAGCAUUCUCCUGCGUUAGGCCUGCAUUCACGAAUAUCGUGGUGGAGUAAUACAGUACCGCAUUAAUGCCUCCCAGCUGUUGAGACAAGUGCAUCACGACUCCAAUUACAAGUGGCUUUCGAAGAGCUUUAAUCACAAACAGGUCUCGAAUAGAAAACUUCUCCUCCUGUCUAGCUGCACGAUCUUCUACAUGCAUAUCAUUGAUCUCGUCAUCGAUUUCACUUGUACCUCGGAUUUUAGCCAGCUCGGCCCGAGCGGUCUCUUCAUCCCGAGCGACCAACAGCAAAUAACGAGGACUCUCGGGAGCAAAUAUAAUCAUCACGAAUUGAAUGGCUGAUGGGAAAAUUGCAAGUCCAAGUAGCCACGGCCAACCUUCGUCGCUUCCCAUUAUCAUAUCGAUACCCAAGAUCUGGGCUCCAAUCAAUCCAAAUGCGACCGCCAACUGGUUAACUGUACCAAAUGCACCCCUUAGCCUCACCGGGGCUACUUCUGACACGUAAGUGGGGGAGGCUGUUGUUGCAAAGCCGCAGUUUACUCCAAUGAUGAAUCGACCAAUAAUGAUCAUUUCUACUGAGUUUGCGAGUUUACUGAAACCCAUACAUAUAGCACCAAGGACACCAAUCAUAGAAUUGACGACAAUUGCGUUUUUGCGGCCGUAUUUUUCAAGCAUCCAGCUGGCAAAGGGGCAUCCAAUCAUACCACCGACAGCGAAGAUACUGACGAUGACGCUGAAUAUGGUGCUGGGGCUUGCAUCGUACUGCGUGCUGAUAAAAUUUUCGAUGAAGGGACGCGGAGCGUUGAUGACCCCUGUGUUGAAGCCGAACUGCAGCAUGCCCAGUACCGCGGCGCCCACCGCGUACAGGAGCACGCCCGUUACUCCACCCGCCAUCUUCUGCGAAGGAUCU